UCAGCGCUGGUGACUGCUGCUGGGUUUCUCUUCUGUCUAUUGCUCGCUCUGCAGAGGAGCUGCAAGCUGGCUCUGCUCCUGAGCUAGCCAAGCAAGAGAGCAGCAGCAGGAGAAGGGGUUGGCUGCCAGUCCUGCUGCUGGGCCUCGCCUUUAUUCCCUACCCUAAAAAAUAAGAAUAGAAACCCAUCCCUUCUCCCCUCCCCUUUUAUCUUUCUCCCUGGCCUUGGCUUUUGGAGCUCUGCAAGUAGCAGGGAGCUGCAUGCGAGGGCUGAGCAGGGAGCAUGGCUGUCCUCAAGCUCACAGACCAGCCACCGCUGGUCCAAGCAAUUUUCAAUGGUGAUCCUGAUGAAAUACGUAUGUUAAUCUACAAAACGGAAGAUGUCAAUGCUCUGGACACAGAAAAGCGUACCCCCCUCCAUGUUGCUGCUUUCCUGGGGGAUGCAGAGAUCAUUGAGCUCCUCAUCUUAUCAGGUGCCCGUGUCAAUGCCAAGGACAAUAUGUGGCUGACCCCUCUCCAUCGAGCAGUGGCUUCAAGGAGUGAAGAAGCAGUGCAAGUAUUGAUCAAGCAUUCAGCCGAUGUCAACGCACGGGACAAGAACUGGCAGACACCCCUGCAUGUAACAGCUGCAAACAAAGCCGUGAAGUGUGCAGAAGUGAUCAUUCCACUUCUGAGUAGUGUCAACGUCUCUGACAGAGGAGGUCGAACCGCGUUACACCAUGCAGCUCUCAAUGGCCAUGUUGAAAUGGUGAACUUGCUUUUGGCGAAAGGGGCAAAUAUUAAUGCCUUUGACAAAAAGGACCGAAGAGCUUUGCACUGGGCAGCAUAUAUGGGCCACUUGGAAGUUGUUUCCUUGCUGAUUAGUCAUGGUGCUGAAGUAACAUGUAAAGAUAAAAAGGGUUAUACUCCUCUUCAUGCUGCGGCAUCCAAUGGGCAGAUCAAUGUAGUGAAACACCUCCUCAAUCUUGGCGUGGAGAUUGAUGAAAUGAACAUCUAUGGAAACACUGCACUUCAUAUUGCAUGUUAUAAUGGGCAGGAUUCUGUUGCUAAUGAGCUGAUUGACUAUGGAGCUAAUGUCAACCAACCUAAUAACAGUGGAUUCACUCCUCUGCAUUUUGCCGCUGCUUCUACUCAUGGAGCUCUUUGCCUUGAACUGCUAGUGAAUAAUGGGGCAGAUGUUAACAUUCAGAGUAAAGAUGGAAAGAGUCCACUGCAUAUGACAGCUGUACAUGGGAGGUUCACUAGGUCCCAAACCCUUAUUCAGAAUGGAGGUGAAAUUGACUGUGUUGAUAAGGAUGGCAACACACCUCUCCACGUGGCUGCAAGAUAUGGACAUGAACUUUUGAUUAACACUCUAAUAACCAGUGGAGCUGAUGCUACCAAAUGUGGCAUCCACCGUAUGUUCCCCUUACACUUGGCAGCCCUUAAUGCUCACGCUGACUGCUGUAGGAAGUUGCUGUCAACAGGACAAAAGUAUAGCAUAGUGUCCUUGUUUAGUAAUGAGCACGUGCUGUCUGCAGGCUUUGAAAUAGACACCCCAGAUAAAUUUGGAAGAACGUGCCUCCAUGCCGCCGCUGCGGGCGGUAAUGUUGAUUGUGUGAAACUCUUGCAGAGCAGUGGAGCAGAUUUUAAUAAAAAAGACAAAUAUGGAAGGACACCUUUACACUAUGCAGCUGCAAAUUGUCAUUUCCAAUGUAUGGAGACACUGGUGACCACAGGGGCCAAUAUUAAUGAAACAGAUGACUGGGGACGGACGGCUUUACACUAUGCUGCUGCCUCAGACAUGGACAGAAAAAGAAAGAAUGUUUUGGGUAACUCCCAUGAAAAUGCUGAAGAACUUGAAAGAGCCAAUGAAAUGAAGGAAAAAGAAGCUGCCUUGUGUCUCGAAUUCCUUCUUCAAAAUGAAGCUAACCCAUCAAUCCAGGACAAAGAUGGAUACAAUACAGUGCACUAUGCUGCUGCUUAUGGACACAGACAGUGUUUAGAACUGCUUCUGGAAAAAACCAGCAACGUUUUUGAAGAAUCAGAUGCAUCAGCUACAAAAAGCCCUUUGCACUUAGCUGCCUAUAAUGGUCAUCACCAAGCCUUGGAGGUGCUUCUUCAGUCUCUGGUAGAUCUGGACAUUAAGGACGAAAAAGGCCGUACUGCCUUGGAUCUCGCUGCAUUUAAAGGACACACUGAAUGUGUUGAAGCUCUCAUCAACCAGGGUGCUUCCAUUACAGUAAAAGAUCAUGUCACUCAACGAACCCCGCUUCAUGCCUCAGUCAUUAAUGGACACACACCAUGUUUACGACUUUUAUUGGAAGUAGCAGAUAAUCCUGAUGUGACAGAUGUGAAAGGACAGACUCCGCUAAUGCUAGCUGUGGCUUAUGGGCACAUAGAUGCUGUUUCCUUGUUACUUGAAAAAGAAGCAUCUGUAGACGCAGCUGAUAUCCUGGGAUGUACUGCUUUACAUCGAGGGAUUAUGACAGGACAUGAGGAAUGUAUUCAGAUGCUGUUGGAACAAGAAGUAUUGAUUUUGUGUAAGGAUGCCAGAGGCCGGACACCUCUACAUUACGCAGCAGCCCGUGGACAUGCCACAUGGCUGAGUGAAUUAAUGCAGUUGGCGCUUUCAGAAGAGGACUGCAGUUUUAAAGAUAAUCAAAAUUACACACCUUUGCACUGGGCUUCUUAUAAUGGCAAUGAAAGCUGUAUAGAGGUACUGUUGGAACAGAAACCUUUCCGAACUUUUAGCGGGAACCUUUUCUCCCCACUGCACUGUGCUAUAAUCAACGAUCAUGAAAAUUGUGCAUCACUACUCAUUGGGACUAUUGGUGCUGGCAUUGUAAAUUGUAAAGAUGACAAAGGAAGGACACCACUUCAUGCAGCAGCCUUUUCUGAUCACGUUGAAUGCUUGCAGCUUCUUUUAAGCCACGAUGCUCAAGUAAAUGCUACAGAUAAUUCAGGGAAAACACCACUUACAAUGGCGGCUGAAAAGGGGCACAUAGGGGCAGUAGAUUUUUUGGUGAACAGUGCCAAGGCCGAUCUAACUUUGAAGGAUAAGGACUUGAAUACAUGCUUGCACUUGGCUAGCAGUAAAGGACAUGAAAAAUGUGCCUUGUUGAUACUUGACAAGAUACAAGAACAGAGCCUUAUUAACGCAAAAAACAAUGCAUUACAAACACCUCUUCACAUUGCUGCACAGAAUGGUUUAAAGAUGGUAGUUGAGGAGCUACUGGCAAAGGGGGCAUGUGUACGAGCAGUAGAUGAAAAUGGUCAUACACCAGCCCUGGCUUGCGCUCCUAACAAAGACGUGGCUGACUGCCUGGCACUCAUUUUGGCUACCAUGAUGCCUUUUUCUCCUUCCAGUACAAUGAUGGCUCUCAACUUCGUUUCUCUAAAAAAAGACAAUUUGAGCAGGACUCAUCUCUGCAAUAGCUCCAGUAUGAGUAGUGCCAUUAACUCCUAUAGUAAAACAUUAAAUAAUGAUGCGGGAGCAGAAAACGGAUAUAAUGAAAAUGAUUCUGAUUCUGAAACAUUUUGAUUUUAACAUUCAGUGCUCCUUUCUUGGUUGCAUUAAGUUGUUUUUCCCCCUUAAAAAGAUCUGAAUAUCCCACCAUUACAGUUGACCUACACUUAUGAUUGGUAUGACUAUACUUAGGCAAUGAAAGGCUUACAACUGCAGUGGAGCCUUUCAGAAAAGUAAAGAUUUUAAAAUGCAUUCUUGUUAAUGUUCUACUACUUCCAGCUCUAUUGUGCAUUCCAUAGGUCCUAAGGGCUUUUGUGGAAGUCUCUACCUCCUAUUUUAUGCAGAAAGCAAAAGCUGCCUUUUUCCAUUUUAACAGCACAAGUAAACAGGAAUCAUUGUUUAUAUAUAGUACUGUGUUAGCUAUAGCAUAUUGUUAAUACAGUGACAUUUUUCCAGAAUAGUGUUUGUAGCUCAUAGGAAGAAACUUAGAUCUUCCUUCACUUUAUUGUCUGUUUUUAAGUCAUAUAGUCUGUUUUUCAGUAUCUUUGUUAUACAAACCAAAGGUAAAGCCACAGGUGUGUUUUGUUUUUGUUUUCUUUUGGGAGAACUGCCAGUAUCAUCACUUUCUAUAGAAAUUACAAAUUCUAAAUGGUACAUGUUUUAAGCACUUAAGUACACAAAAGGCACUUUUAAAAGCCAUUAUAGCCACACUUUCAUUUACAAUUUGAAAAUAUUUAGGACCAAAUCUUGCUUGUCUCCACUUGCAGCAAAGAGAUUAUUAAGGCAGAUAUGAUUUGCCUUACUUUUUUUUUAUUAUUUGGCAAAAGCUUGCACGAUUUAUUUGCACUCUGCAGUUAAAAGACCCCCAGAAACAUGUGUUGCCUGUGCUGUCAGGCAGUGAUCAAUUCUAAGAAAAAUCAUCUUAAAGGGAUAAUGCACGUAAUACUUUCGAUACUUCCCAGUUUACAUUUAUUUUGUUUUUACUUCAGGAUUUCUAAAUGGUGUUGUAGUUUUUAUCUUCAGCAUUACCCACUUUUAAAAUCUGUAAUGUAUGAGUAUAUCAAGUUGCUGUACACUAUUACUUUUGCUAUAAUUACUAUUAAUGUGCUAAGAUAUACAGAGCAGAUAAAACCAAAACACACACAAAACAGAAGAGUCAAGCAGUCGUCAGAAAAUUCGUAAGGGAAUUGUGACAUACUAAAAAGGCCUGCUAACAUCAGCUCACUUAUUAAACAUCUGCAUUAUGAAUAUCUACUCCUUCUGCCAAAGUUUCUAGGUCAAACGGACCCUGUUCUUCACCUGAGAAAGAUGUACAGAAAGAAGAAUGACACUCUUAAAAUACAAAGAACUAACCAGCUAUAUCACGAGGACCAAAAGGCUUCAGUAUCAUAAAUGAGAAGACUUUGUUAUUUUUUUAAUAAUGCAGGUGAAAAAUAACUUUUCUAAUCACACAUGCACACACAGUGUUUUAUGUAAUUAAAAAAAACUUGGUUGUAUUGUACACUUAAAGACACAAAUUUCUAGUAGAUACUUGGACAUUUGUAACUGAUAAUGCUGUGUUGAUCACAAUUUAUUUUUCCAGACUAGAUAAUGUUCAUACUUUUAAUGUUCAAUGCGUUUAUAUUUAUUUGAAAUGAAACAAGUGCCCAGAAAAAAAAAUGACCAUGGUUUGUUCUACUCUUUAGCUCUUUUAUGUCUUACUAGCUAUGAAUUUAGGCCUAGUAUAUUGGAUUUGAUAGGAAAAAGAUAUGGGUACAUGAUGCAGCUACAGUUUCUCGUUCUUAUACAGCAAGCUGGGUGUAAAAGAAAGAGCAGCUCUGUUUAUGCCUAGUUGGGCAGUAGGGAGUAAAGAUAUAUGAUGUGUGAUUAAUAGUAUUGAUUGCCAGGAGUAAGUCCAUUCCUUCAAUAAGGAAAUGGUGCUCCAUGUUUCAUAAUACAAACCAAAAGGCUAACAGUAGAGUCAGAAGGGAAUAACCCUUUUUCUUUCUUUGGAGCAAAAUAUAUUACAUCUGCUUACCAUGAAGAUUAAAAAGAGAAAAGUUUUAAACAGAGAAUUUAUCUUCAUCCCAUAACGUAUGAGAGAUCUUUUAACCCCACUGCAUGAUUUGCACAGAGGUAGACCUACAACAUAGUCCUUGUAGGAGGUUGUUCUUUGUAUGAUAGUAAAAAAUGAUCCCUCCUCUUAACUGUUUACAUUUUCUUUCUGUAGACAAAAAGCAAUUGGGUAAGAAAUGCUGGGAUAACUGAAUCCUUCAUUUUGGAGUAUGUAUUUUUGUUGUUGUUCUUACCAAUGUUACAUAUUGAGGCAAGCCAGAUUUGAGUGGCCAUAUAAUACUCACUUUUGAUUCUGAAAUCAAAAAGAUAAUGGCACAAAAAUAUACCGCAAGAAAUAUAUCAGUUUUUGCUACUGGAGUAAUUUUUGUCAGUGUUGACAUAUUAAGAAAAAAAAAUUCUGCAGGGAUUUUUUUUAAAGUGUAGAUACAAUACAAACAAGCAGAAUUAAGUGCAGGUCUGUAACUGCACUAUGGCUUUACUUUGGGAAUAUUUACUGGCCUAAGUGUGAUAAUUCCCGCACCAAAAAAAAUUAUGAUAGUUUAUUUGAUUUUGUUCCAUGAAUGUUAACAAAGUUCUGCAUUCAUGAGCAAAUCACUUUUUGAGUCUGAGGGUUGAAUCCAGAUGUACAACAUGUACAGCAAGGCUGGUGGAACCAAAUUCCCUGUCCUAUCUCUCUACAAUAGCCCCGCCACCUGAAAAUGUUACAUACAGAAUAGGGUCAGAGGCCCCUGCUGAAUGGUUGUGGGGUGCCAAUCCCCCCCCCCCCAUGAUAUACAAACAUAAUUUAUGGGCAGAGCCCUUGACCUGUGGAAGGAAUGGCCUGAAACCAACCCCAAUGUCUUGAAGCAGUUUUACACAUUUUUAUUUUGGUGAGGAAAUAAGUGUGCAUGUUGCAUGCAUGCUUGUUUAAACUGCCACUGUCUUCAACAAAAUCUCUUCCCAGUUGCCACUUAUAUGUGUUUUAAAGAAGAGGGCAGCAUUUAUGCAGAAGCCACCCCUGAUUGUGGGCUUGGAUUUUACUACGGUCCUGACAAAGUGGGUUCAGGCUAUAGGGCACCAUAAAACACAAUGCUGGGCUUUCCAGUGAAUCCCUGACUGCAAGAUGUAGCCACAAACAUGUCAAGCAGUGAGAGCAACAACUUUUAUGGAAUACAAUAGAUGAGACUGUUAUGGCAGGACAGUUCUGGAAACUGAAACAAGCAGCAAGUUGUGCUUGACAUGCACUUUUAAGAAGGGGAAUGCGUCUGUAACAUGUGAUGUAAUAAUUUCUGUCUAGACUGAUGAUGCAUGCUAAAAAUUUGUUUUGUCUAGACUCUAGAAAGAUAUCAGAUCCUUCAGUAUGUAAGACAGGAGAACAUGUUUGGUCUAGGAGAGUAAGAAGUCCCAUUUUGGAGGAAAGGCAGGAUAUACAUCAAAUAAGUAAAUAAAUAUUGACAGUAUUUCAUAAAACAAAGUUUAAAAAUCCAACUUGAGUAAGAACAAUCUUAAAUGUUUUGUUUUUCUGAGAAUGUCUGCAAUGGUUAAAGUAAUAGUUUCUAUGCAGUGUCAGGAGAGGUAAUUAAAGGAACAUAAAUGACCAAGGAAGAAAAAUCACAUGCUGUCUGCUGGUGAGAGCUACACAAUCAUGGUAAUCCCAUCUACUAGAUUUUGUUUUACUUCAUAGAUGAGAUUGAUGGGAAGUUCAGGUGUGAAUGUAUAUGUCCACUCCUGCAAUGCUGUGUGUCACACAAAGUAAUAUUUUCUAUUUUGGUUACCCUCGAGUGACUUAAUACAUUCCUCAACAGAUCAGUUGGAAGUAAUUAGGGGAUUGCUUUUUGCACAUUUUCAUGCAAGUAAGCAUCGCUGAAUAAAGUUAGGAGUUGAUCAUAUGGAAUGGAUUCUAUGCAGAAACAGGAUAUAAAAAUCUGGAAAAACCUUGAAAAGUGGGUUGAUUUUCAGAAACAUCAGGGUUAAUAAGCAAUAAUAUGACAUUAACCCCGAAUGGAAAGUUGACAAAGCCCAUUCUUUUUACUUUCGGGAUUUUCUGAGUGGGUUUUGUCUGCUUUCCAUUUCAGUUAAUAUCGCAUUUAUGCUCAUUAACCCUUACAUCGUGUGAAAAUCAACCUGCUUUUGCAGAUUUUGUGCUCUUUCUGUUUUGGUUAACCCCCAACAUUGUCUGAAAAUCUACCUGCUUUUGUGGCUUUUUUCCAGUUUAAGUUCAGUUCCUGUACGGGAUCCAUCCUGUGUGAUAAACUUCUCAGACUACCACAUUCAUGUGUUUAGGACUGAGUUGAAUAGUGUGUCAUACAUUUCUUCCCCACCACUAAUCCCAAAUCUGUUGGAAAGACAAUGUUUUAAAUUAGUCAGUUGCAAUAUUUUUAUAGUAUAUUAUUUGCAUAUAAAAAAAGAAAAGUGAAAUCCACAACUAUGAAAAAGAAAUGAUGAGAUAUUUGCAAUCAGCUUCAGUGGGGUAUGGAUUACACUCUAAUUGUUCUUUUAUCUAAAUGGCAAUACUGUUUUGUAGUAGACAAGGUACUGUAUUUAAGCUAUAGUAAGUAUCAGGUUUGGUCUGGUUUGAUUUGUUAAAGCUUUCAUUGUCAGAAGUUAAAUGUUGUUUGUUUCACUGAUAUCAGUGGAACUUGCUUUCAAAUACAGUAAAUGUGUUUAGGACAGAGAAGCAUGGCCUGGAUGAUGAGUAGUAAUGCAUGCAUCCUCUCUACAUUCAUAUUUCUGCAUUGACAACUCCUAUUUAAUUCUCGUGGAACUUCAACUGCAGGGUUGUAAUGCAUGGCACUUACUGCUUGCUGAUCUCUGUUGUUUCAACUGUAAGAUGAAAUAGCUCAGGGGAUUUCUGUUUAUCACUACUAAAAGGGCACCAUGUUAUGUUUUGGUACUUCUUGCAGCAAACAACUGCUGUAUUUAACUAUGAAUUAUGUAUGACAAAAGCUUAAACUCAUUUUUGUCUACUCUGUUUAGAAACUUGAUGAUGUAACUGGGUUUCAUCUUUUAAGAAACUUUUAGAGUGCCUUUUUAUAUUUGUGUAUGCUGAGUAUGUAUUGUGAAUAUGUCCUUCUUUCAUUUGAGUGAUACUGAAGCAAUAUAAUACCUAUACAUUUUCAUUUCAAAUCUUAUUUGAAUGUUUUUCCUUUUUUUAAAAAAAUUCUACUUGCUAAAUUGUGCAUAACUUUUUGAAGUGCUGCAAACACUUUCUUAUUACACAAAGAAAACCUUAGGUCAGUGUUAUUGGGAAGGGUGUUUUAAAAUGGUGACAAUCUUGAGUGUGUAUAAAAUACAAUUAUAUGUGUUUGUAAUGCAGUGAUAUACAUAUUAAAAGCCAAUAUCUAAUGUUUUGUAGUUUUGUCUCCAUAUUUUAUGCUUUUAGCAUGUGCAAUAUAUCUUUACAAACCAUGGUGAUAUGAAUCUGGUGCCAGUGUUACAUUUUGUAUGAAAUGUUUGUAAUAAACAGUAUGAAAUAUUGUUGAAUGGUUUCAGUGAGUUUGUUGCUAAUUUUUUUUUAAUGUAACUGAUCUAUAAUGAUUUUUAAAAGUUAAGUUAGAUGAUUGUACAAAAUGGGUGUGAGAGAUUAAUUUGGGACCCCAGCCUAAUCUUAUUCAAGCACAGUUUAAAAACUUUUUCAACUACUGAAUGCUGUAUUAAUUGUAACGGCAUAUCCUAACUGCAAAUAAAUACUGAAAUACAUUCAAAUUGAUAUUUUUACAAAUAAAUGGUACAAAUAAACUUGA